AUGCAGUUCACUCUCAACUUCUUCCUCGUCCUCUCCGUCUUCUCCCUCGCCGUUGCCGCGGCCCCCGCUGCCGAGGCCAUCAACGCUCGCAACGUCGAUGCCUGCGUGGACAUUGCCGGACGCUCCGUGCCCUCGCCUGACGCCUGCUUCUGA